AUGAAUACAGAUUUGGAUAAUUUAACCGACAUCGAACAAAAUCAGCCACCACCUAAACAAGAAGAAGAUGAAAGCGAAGAGAUUUUCAAAGAUCAAAAACAUUUAACCAUAAGAGAAUUUUUCAGAAAGGAAUUUAUAGAUGAUUUUCAUCCUGUUUAUUUUGUUGGAUUUUUGGGUUGUGGUAUAACUGGUAAUAUCUUUUAUGGCUUUCCUUAUCCUGCUGAAUGGUUAAAAGUUUGUGGUAUAAUCUUUUUUUGUUUGACUAUACUAAUAUUUUUGGUGACUAAUUUGAUGUUAGUUCUAAGUUUAUUGUACUACCCUAAAAGACUAUGGUUAUAUAUUUAUGACUACAAUUAUUCACUUUAUUUUGGAGUAUAUUCAAUGGGAUUUACAACAAUUAUAAAUGGAGUACAUUUGCUAACUAAAGGUAAAUACCCCACAUUUCAAUGGGUAUUAUUUUGGAUUGGAACAGUACUAGCAGUUCAUAAUACUGCAGUCAUUUUUUUCUUUUCAUAUUUAUCAAAACACAGUGUUCACAAAUUACGAGAUAUUAAUGCAAGUAUUUUUAUUGUGAUAGUUACAUGUUGUGUUAACAGUUCUAAUGGUCAUUUAAUUGUUGAAAACUUGAAAACAGAAAAUCAAAAAAUCAUAACUGAAGUAACUGCACUUAUGUUAUUUUUCAUUUCAUUAUUGUUAUUUCAUGGAGUUGGUGCGAUAUACGUAGUGAGAUUAAUACUAUGCAAAGUACCCAGUACUCCACAAGUUUUCACACAAUUUUUACCAGUUGGGUUCACGGGUCAAAGUUCAUAUUCGAUUAUGUUAUUUGGGAACAAUAUGUACAAAUUAAUACCAGAUGAAUCACUAGGGAAAGCUUUCUUAGUUCUGAGUGCUCUACUAUCAUAUGCGUUGCUAUCAGCUAGCUACAUUUAUAUGUUCUUAGCAAUAGUAUCAUGUUUAUCUAAAACAAAACCAUUUAUCAAGAAUCCUGACCCAAAAUGGAACACAAAAAGAUUUGGACUAAUCAAAUGGAAUAAAGGUUGGUGGACAAUGACUUUUCCUACUGGAACAAUGCUGCUUUGCUCUUUUGAGAUAUCAAAGGGAGUAGCUGGUUAUGAAUUUUUAUUUUUUAAGGUAAUGGCUGCAAUAAUUGGUGUUGCAUUAUUUAUUAUUUGUAUUAUUAAUGUAAUUGGUUUGGCUAUUAGUAUAUGGGAAAAAAUUUAUGAUGCUUUUUUCAAAGAUUUAAAUAAUGAUAUAAAAGUUAAAGUAUAG